AUGAUUCCCAAUACUGGAGCAUUUUCUCGGUCGACAAUCUUCAUAACAGGCAGCAGCCGUGGUAUCGGAAAAAAUAUUGCCCUGAAACUAGCCAAGGACGGAGCAAAUGUGGCGAUUGCUGCCAAAACAGUGGAGAAACAUCCCAAAUUAGAAGGUACCAUUUUUACUGCAGCAAAGGAAAUCGAAGCCGCAGGCGGAAAGUGUUUGCCAAUCCAGUGUGAUCUUCGAGAUGAAGAGGCCGUCAAGGUGGCAAUUGAUAAAACACUUCAGAAGUUUGGGCAACUAGAUGUACUUGUUAAUAAUGCCAGCGCCAUUAGCUUGACAGGCACUGAGGAAACAACAAUGAAAAAAUAUGACCUCAUGCACCAGAUCAACACUCGUGGGACAUUUAUGGCCAGCAAAUAUGCUCUGCCUCACCUCAAAAAGUCUUCCCGUGCACAUAUCCUCAAUAUUUCACCGCCUCUGCUGAUGACACCAGUCUGGUUUGGAAACCACGUUGCAUAUACAAUGGCAAAGUACGGAAUGUCCAUGUGCGUGCUGGGAAUGGCUGAAGAGUUUAAAGAGCACAAAAUUGCAGUGAACGCCCUAUGGCCUCGAACUGCCAUUUGGACAGCAGCAACAGCUAUGCUGUUGUCAUCAGGUGGUCAGGAACAGGUGCAGGAGACGGCUAAAAUGUGUCGCAAAGUGGACAUUAUGAGCGAUUCUGCGUAUUCGAUCCUCUCCAAAGACCCGA